UCUUGAGUGAAGAAGAAGAAGAAGAAGUGGUUCAGUUCAGUUACGUUGGAGUUUGGGCCUGGAUUGGUCUACUAUAUUCAAUGUUGGUCCAAGACCGUUCAUCGCCAAAACCAUCAAAACCCCAACUCAGAGCACAUCCAUCUCUCCCUCCAGAUCGCUUUUCUGAUCCUAAAAACCUCGAUUUUUCCACAUGGGUGUCUGAGAAUUUUUGCAAAAUCCUCGCGUUUAUCGUUCUUGUUGCUACCGUCGCCACAUUGUUCUUCCUCAACAGCGUGGGCAACUCAGCUGCUCUCCUCCAAACCAGAGUGAGAGAGCUUGAGAAGAUAUCAUUCCCUAGAAUUAAUUGGAAUAAUAUCCAACCCAUUAAAGAUCAAUCCACACCUUACGCAUCUUUCCGCUCAGAACGAUGGAUCGUCGUCUCAGUCUCCAAUUACCCAACCGAUUUGCUUCGCAAUCUUGUGAAGAUCAAGGGAGGUUGGCAGGUCCUCGCCGUCGGCACUUCGAAGACCCCCUCGGAUUGGAGCCUCAAAGGUGCGAUCUUUCUGUCUCUAGAGCAGCAGGCCAAUCUAGGGUUCCGAGUUGUCGAUCAUCUUCCUUAUGAUUCCUAUGUCAGGAAGACUGUUGGGUACCUCUUUGCAAUCCAACACGGAGCCAAGAAAAUCUUCGAUGCUGAUGACCGUGGAGAAGUAAUCGAUGGUGAUCUUGGCAAACAUUUUGAUUUGGAAUUGAUUGGUGAGGAAGCGAGGCAGGAGCCGAUCUUGCAGUACAGCCACGAGAACCCAAAUCGAACGGUUGUGAACCCUUAUACUCAUUUCGGGCAACGAUCGGUUUGGCCGAGGGGUCUGCCAUUGGAGAAUGUUGGAGAACUCGCACACGAGGAGUUCUACACUGAAGUCUAUGGUGGUAAGCAGUUCAUUCAACAAGGCAUAUCGAAUGGCCUCCCUGAUGUUGAUUCAAUUUUCUAUUUCACGCGAAAGGCCGGUUUGGAGGCAUUUGAUGUCAGAUUUGAUGAACAUGCACCGAAAGUGGCUUUGCCACAAGGUAUGAUGGUUCCUCUGAAUUCGUUCAAUACGAUUUUUCACUCUCCUGCAUUCUGGGCUAUGAUGCUUCCAGUUUCUGUUAGUACGAUGGCUUCCGAUGUGUUGAGAGGUUACUGGGCUCAGAGGCUUUUGUGGGAAAUCGGUGGUUACGCUGUGGUUUAUCCUCCCACGGUUCAUCGGUAUGAUAGGAUUGAGGCAUACCCAUUUUCAGAGGAGAAGGAUCUCCAUGUGAAUGUGGGUCCUUUGAUUAAGUUUUUGAUUUCAUGGAGGUCUUCGAAGCAUAGGUUGUUUGAGAAGAUCUUGCAAUUAAGUUAUGCGAUGGCAGAGGAGGGGUUCUGGACUGAGUUGGAUGUGAAGUUCACUGCAGCUUGGCUUCAAGACUUGCUGGCUGUUGGGUACCAGCAACCGAGGUUGAUGUCGCUGGAAUUGGAUCGGCCACGGCCAACCAUUGGUCAUGGAGAUCGAAAGGAGUUCAUCCCUCGAAAGCUUCCAUCAGUGCACCUUGGUGUUGAGGAAGUGGGGACCGUAAAUUACGAGAUAGGAAACCUGAUUAAAUGGAGGAAAAAUUUUGGCAAUGUUGUGCUCAUCAUGUUCUGUAAUGGACCUGUGGAACGCACUGCUUUAGAAUGGAGAUUGCUUUAUGGUCGGAUAUUCAAGACUGUAGUUAUUCUGUCAGAGCAGAGCAACGCAGAUCUUGCAGUUGAACAGAGCCAAUUGUGGCAGACAUACAAGUUUCUACCCAAGAUCUUCAAUAGGUUCACAAGUGCAGAAGGAUUUCUGUUCCUCCAGGAUGAUACCGUUCUUAACUACUGGAAUCUGCUACAAGCAGACAAGACUAAACUUUGGAUUACCGAGACGGUUCCCGAGUCUUGGGUCACUGUCUCAACCAUUGGGAACGACUCGGCAUGGUUUUCAAGACAGGCAGACAUGGUGAAGAAAGUUGUCAGUAUGAUGCCAGUCCACUUUCAGGUUAGUUACAAGGAGAGCAGCAUGGGCAAGCAGAACCUGAUCCUCUGCAGUUCCGAGGUUUUUUAUGUUCCUCAGCGCUUUGUUGGGGACUUUGUGGAUCUUGUAGGUCUGGUCGGCGAUUUAGAAAUCCAUCAAAAGGUUGCAGUACCCAUGUUCUUCAUGGCAAUGGAUUCACUACGUAAUUUUGAUUCUGUGUUAAGUACAAUGAUUUACAAAACAGAAGCACCAUCUAACAAUUAUUCGAGCUUUUAUUCUGCUCAAGUACCCGCAGUGCAUCCAUGGAAUGUGUCCAAUGAGCCUGAUUUUAUAAAGCUGGUCAGAAUCAUGGCAACAGGCGAUCCACUUCUAAUGGAGCUGGUUUAAUGGUGGGAAGUCUUCCAUUUUGGACACGAUGGAAGAAAUAUGUACCACUGUGGUUGCUGUCAUACCACAUUCUGUAUUUUUUUUCUUAUUUUUAUUUUUGUAAAAUUUUGUGA